UCCCGCCAUUGUUUGGAUCGCGGGUCGCCUGCGCUGAAGUCCUCCACGUCGCUGUGCCUCGGGUUCUGUCUUGCUGAGCCCUGGACCUUCCUCGGAAAUCGUAGGUAGGACGCCGGGAGACACAGGAAAGCUAGAAAUGGACUCGGUGGCCUUUGAGGAUGUGACUGUGAAGUUCACCAUGGAGGAGUGGGCCCUCCUGGAUCCAUCCCAGAAGAAACUCUACAGAGAUGUGAUGCAGGAAACCUUCAGGAACUUGGCCUCAAUAGUAUGUAUUUCAGAAGAAAAAUGGGAAGUCUAUGACAGCGAAGAUCGGGAUGAGAAUCAUGGGACACAUCUAAUCAGUCAAAUGGUAGGAAGACUCUGUAAAUGUAAAGAAUGUAGCCAGUAUGAAGGAAUCUUCGGCCAGAUUCCAAAUCAGAAUCCGAAGAAGAGAACUCCUACUGGAAUAAAACUAGGUAAAUGGCCUUUGUGUGGACAGGUGUUCAUGCAUCAUUCAUCUUUUAACAAGCACCUGAGAUCUCACGCUGGACACAAACUAUAUGAGUAUCAAGAAGGUGAAGAGAAGCCUUAUAAAUGUAAGCGGUGUGGGAAAUCCUUCAAGCAUCGCCAAUCCAUUCGAAUGCACGAAAGGUCACACGCUGGACAGAGACCCUAUGAAUGUAAGCACUGUGGGAAAUCUUUCAUUUGUCGCAAUUACUUUCAAAUUCAUCAAAGGGCACACAGUGGGGAAAAGCCCUACAAAUGUACAGAAUGCGGUAAAACCUUUAGUUAUUCAAGUAACUUACGUAAACACGAAAGGACUCAUAUCGGAGAGAAAUCUAGUGAAUGUAAGCAAUGUGGAAAAGCUUUCAGUUGUGUCAGGUCCUUUCGAAUACACGAAAGGAUACACAGUGCAAAAAAGCCCAAGGAAUGUACAAAAUGUGGUAAAACCUUCAGUUACUCAAGUAAUUUACAUAAGCAUGAGAGAAGUCAUAAUGGGGAGAAACUCUAUGAACGUAAAGAAGGUGGGAAAGCCUUGCAUUCUCUCACCAAAUUUCGAACACCCGUGAUCAAGCACGAUGGAGAUGGACUUUAUAAAUGUAAGGAGUGUGGGAAAGCCUUCAGGUGUCCCAAAAACUGUCGUAGUCAUGAAAUGACACACAGUGGAGUAAAGCCGUAUGAAUGUAAGGAAUGUGGUAAAGCUUUCAGCUCUCCCAGGUCCCUUGGAAAACACAGAAGAAUUCAUACUGCAACGAAGCCUCACGAAUGUAAGGAAUGUGAUAUUUUCAAGGUGGUAUGAAAGUUAUAUGGGAAAGAAAUCAUACUGAAGUAAUAUGGGUAAGCUCUUUGAACCUUCAUGUAUAAUACUUCUGAAAAUUCACAACAUGAAAGAAAUGUUAUAAUCGUUAUACUGUAUGGUCUUUAUCAAGGAUUCAUUCUCUUGAGAGAGAGCGUGCACCCAUGUGGUGGGGGAGGGGCAGAGGGAGAGGGAGAGAGAAUUUUAAGGAGGCUACAUGCCCAGCGUGGAUGGAUGUGAGGGUCGAUCUCACAACCAUGAGGUCAUGACCUGAGUCAAAAUCAAGUUGGAUGCUUAACUAACUGAGCCACUCAGGCGCCCAAAGGAUUCAUUUGUAAAGUGAUUCUCUGCACUGUGGAUUUCUACUUACCUUUGAAAGCAGAUAUUGAAGUGAGAUAAUUAAGUAGGUACUCUUUAAGCAAGCGUUCCUAAGUUUAGUAAGUAAUUUUUUUCCCGAGUAAUAUUAUUGUGUUCUUAUUUUGAAGUCUGUUGGCUCCGUGGGUUAUUGAAGUGUAUUUCUAAUAUGCAAGUAGGUUUAAUUUUUAUAUGAUUUUUAAGUUCUGUAAGGAGAGGAACAUUGAAAAAUAACACUUUCUUCCUUUUCCCUAGAGUCCUCCUGUGGGGCAUGUACUCAAUAUGCUUUAGCCAUUAUUUCUAUAUUUCUACAUUUCUUUAUUAACACAGAGUUCCCCUUUCAUUGACCUAAAGAGCCUCUUUCUGUUUUCCUUACCAACUUUCCUUUCCUUUCCUUACCAACUUACCAUAUAGUUGUCAAUAUGCAAAGUUCAUCAUACAGUCUUGUGAAUUUGUCAUUGCUUGUGGCUGGGAUUUGGAGUAUAGAGUUACAUUAAGAAUAAAGGUCUGUGUGAGGUAGAACAAUAAUAAAUCUAGAGUUGGAGAUGACCCUCCUUGAUGCUGUUAAUGUCAAAGUCAGUAAUGUGAAGUAUGUUUUCCAGUAUCUGUUGCAUUUAUGUAUCCGUGUUAGAAUUCACUAAAGCCUAACCUACAUGAAACUUGGAACACAGACGUGAAAUAGGGUUAGGCACGUUUUUCAGCCACCUGUAUAGACGCAGGUAGAAGCAUAGGACUUCAUGGACACCUGCUUCCAGCCUGUUUUCCUCAUUCUUUUUUUCCUUUUUUCCCUGAGAAUCCAGAAUAAUCUCAAAACCACCACCAAGUGCUUGACUUCCAUUUGAUCCCGGCAGUAGGCUUCUACAGUUGUGUCCAAAGUUCUACAUCAGAGACCCGGCAGGGGUUAAAAUUUCCAGCAAGCUCUCAGGUAUCCACAAAUUUAGGCUGUCAUGGUUGAGAAUGUUCUCUGAAGUGCCACCCCCUUCUUUCCUACAUUUUACUCAUAUAAGGUCUAAUGUGUAUAGUAAACACCCUUUUCUGUUAAUACCACGGUUGACUGUGUGUGUGUGUUUCCCCUGUGACUGCUGUAGUGGGCCAGUCCAGCAAAACUACAUGGCCUUGUGCAGUGACUGCUGAGGGCCAGUCCUUCCGUGUGAGAAUCAGCACCUUCCUCCUAUCAGGCAGAUUCUUUCUGGGUGUUUCACGUAAUUCAUAGUUGAGCAUAAUCCCUCGAUAUAUUGUUAGUUAUCUUGGUAUGUGAUUGAAAAUGUGUGUAUUUCUUCCUCUGAUGAAUUCAUUUAUAGUUUUUUCUUAGAAAUACUUGGUUAAUUUUAACAAGCACUUGUAUGCUAAUAUGUGGUAUGAUGCUAGAGGAUAUACUGAAAUGUCUUAUUGUUUAUUUAAAAAAACUUUGUUUUUUAUUUAUUUUGAGAGAGAAACAGAGCAUGA